AUGUCGUUUCUCUUCAGGCAAACUCAAGACUCUGGCUCUGGAGAAGACAGGAUGGAUGCGUCUCACCACAUUCGGACACCAGAGGAGGCUGUCGCCAGAAUCGCCUACCUCUCCAGCGAUGUCAUUCUGUCUGUCCAGCCAUCCCUGGCCACAGAUUCCGAGUUCUCAACUCAUCUCAAGCGAUUCGCCAGUCGCCACGACCCUGGCUUAGUUGCUUCUAGCCCGAACGCUGUGCCGAAUGUUCAAUCAAUUCGACACAAUGCUGACCCUUUGCUAUCCGUGUACUCGCCAAUCCGCUCUGGAAAAUUGGUGUCCAUUACUGCAUCGUCGACUAUACUGCUACCUGCAGUAUCCCAUCUAUACAAGCUCGCCAACUAUCCUGUUGUCCUUCAUGUGUCCCUGCAACCCCGGAAGCAUGCAGAUUAUUCGUCCAUCACCGCCAUCCGUAACGCCGGCUGGACAUUUUUGCAAUCCGAGACCCUGCAAGAGGCACAAGAUAUGGCCAUAACUGCCCAUGCACUAGCAGUCCGCACGGGAAAGGCUGUCGUUCACUUCUUUGCGCCGGGAGCAUCGAUCAAUGACAAACCUAUAUCCAUUGAGGACACAGGUAUUUUGAGAGAUAUUCUUGACAUUGAAAGCGUUCGCCGCUUCCAAGCCGGGCAAGUCUCCGUAGCCGGUAUCUAUGCCGACGAUGGCCAUGUUGCUGUCUCAUCCGACCACCCAGAAGCCAUUGCAAACGGAAAUGUUUCCAGACACGCCGCGCUUCAGCCGCCGCCCAGCGCCGAUGCCUCCAAAGCUACCUCGGCGGGCACUUCUAUCAAAUCUAGUGAGGCAUCCACCCCUGUCGCACCAUCCUCUGUCGCGACUACGGUUGAGGCUCUACCUCCCCAGGUUUCUUCUGAAGAUAUUUACACUUGCGCAGCUCGCAUUUGGUCCCAGAUCAAGACUGCAUUAGGCAGGGAGUACGCUGCCUUUGAAUACACCGGCCCAGCAAAGGCUGAGAAUUGUUUACUCGUAUUCGGAUCCGACACUGGCUCUUUCGCAGAAGCUGUGGAUAAUGCCAAGGCUGAUGAAAUCUUCGCCAACGUGGGAAUCUUAACCCCGCGCUUAUAUCGUCCCUGGAUCGGCUCUAAACUGGUGGAAUCUAUCCCAACUUCUGUCAAACGAAUUGCUGUGUUGGAACAAAUCCAUAGAGCCACCACGAAAUGGGGCCCCGUGUUGAUAGAUGUUCUCUCGUCCGUCAACCGCGGCCCUGGAAACGUGGAGGCAAUCGUUGGAUAUCAGCUGGGUUACAUCGCCCCGACGACGACGACACAGGCUCUGAGAGGCAUUGUUCAAAAUCUCACUUUAGACAAGCCUGUUCAAAAUUUGGAGGUCGGAGUCAAGACGAUUCCAGAGCAAGCUGCUGGCUACGAGCUAGAUAAGCCGCAGUUAGAGAAUGCCUAUUCCAAAAUCUUAGACCAGGUCUUUGGAGACAGGAUGUAUAUCUCCAAUGCCCUGCAAUCCAAAAAUACUGGGGUUUCUGAGUCUAUUUCCGCUAGCCCCGAAUUCGGAUUCGGGUCACUCUUGGCUCGCAAGGAAUACCGCACCAAAUUUGUAUCAGAAGUGAAGGAUGCAGCAAGUAAUGGUGCCUUCGAGUCAGACGAGCCCAAGAGUUGGUUGGCACGAUGGGCUGUGCAUGCCAAUGAUGGAGCCAAAGCGGAGGACAUUGGCGACAACGUGGUUUCAAGGUUGGAAGCUGAUGGCUCUUCUCUAGCCAAAGAGCUUCUAACCAGACGCAACCUCUUUCGUAAGGAAUCCCUAUGGCUGAUGGGCUCGGACUCUUGGGCAUACGACCUCGGAAACUCGGGAGUUCAUCAUGUUCUCGCCUCCGGCGAAAACGUCAACAUGCUCAUCAUAGAUUCUACGCCUUACUCAGAAAAUUCUACCCCGGACCCGGUCCGCAGAAAGAAGGACAUUGGCCUCUACGCUAUGAAUUUUGGCAAUGUCUAUGUAGCAUCGACAGCCGUGUACAGCUCGUACACGCAGGUAUUGCAGGCAUUAUUAGAGGCCGACAAGUUCAAUGGCCCUUCAGUUGUCUUGGCUUAUCUCCCUUACUAUGGUGAAACCGAUUCUCCACUCACUGUACUUCAAGAGACGAAGAAGGCUGUGGAUGUCGGCUACUGGCCAUUAUAUCGAUGGAACCCAGACAACGAACGCAAAGGCGAGCCGAAUUUUUCCCUAGACUCUGAGGUCGUGAAGCAGGAACUGAAGACGUUCCUGGCGAGGGACAACCAACUCACCCAGUUGAUGAAAAGAGAACCCAAGUUUGCUGCUGCCUUGGCACAGGACUUCGGAACUGAGGUGCGAGCUCAGCAAAAGAGGAAGGCGAAGGAUGCGUACAAUCAAUUGCUGGAAGGCCUACUUGGCGCACCACUCACAAUUCUUUUCGCCUCUGAUAAUGGAAAUGCUGCUUCCGUUGCCAAGCGGCUUGGCAACCGGGGAAGGGCUCGGGGAUUGAAAACGACUGUGCUGGCUAUGGAGGAUUAUCCGCUGGAGGAUCUGCCACGCGAGGAAAACAUUAUUUUUAUUACUUCCACAGCUGGCCAGGGAGAGUUUCCUCAGAAUGGCUUACCAUUCUGGGAUGGUAUCAAAGACAACACUGAUUUGGAUUUAGCCACCGUGAACUUUUCUGUCUUCGGCCUUGGCGACAGCCAUUAUUGGCCUCGAAAGGAGGACAGAAUUUUCUAUAAUAAGCCCGCAAAAGACCUUGAUCGAGUUCUUGGAAAUUUCGGAGGCAGACGCUUUGUUGAGGUCGGCCUUGGUGAUGACCAGGAUCCAGAUGGCUAUCAAACUGGUUACCAGGAAUGGGAACCCAAGGUUUGGCAGGCUUUAGGAGUGGACAAAGUUGAGGGCCUCCCAGAAGAACCUCCUCCAAUCACGAAUGAAGACAUCAAGAUUGCGUCGAACUAUCUUCGAGGCACGAUUUUGGAAGGACUCAAAGACACAUCCACUGGUGCCAUAUCCGCUUCUGACCAACAGCUUACCAAGUUUCACGGAACAUACAUGCAAGACGACAGGGAUGUUCGGGAUGAACGAAAGGCCCAAGGCUUGGAGCCCGCAUAUUCUUUCAUGAUUCGAUGCCGACUACCUGGUGGGGUCGCGACACCAAAGCAAUGGGUCCAGAUGGACGAUAUCAGCACAACCUUGGGCAAUGAAACUAUGAAGCUGACCACCAGGCAGACCUUCCAGUUUCAUGGUGUGGUGAAGGGCAAGUUAAAGCCAGCAAUGCAGGCUAUCAACCGUGCACUUAUGACCACCAUCGCUGCUUGCGGUGAUGUCAACCGAAAUGUCAUGUGCAGUUCUCUUCCGACUGAAUCACGGUAUCAGAAGCAAGUGCAUGCAUGCUCUCAAAAGAUCAGUGAUCACCUUCUCCCAUCCACUAAUGCCUAUCAUGAAAUUUGGCUCACGGAUGAUGAUGAUAAGAAAACUCAAAUUGCUGGCGAGGCAGUUCAAGAUUUUGAGCCGCUUUACGGGCCAACGUAUCUUCCCCGAAAAUUUAAGAUUACAAUUGCCAUCCCCCCUCACAACGAUACUGAUGUAUACGCGCACGAUAUCGGCCUAAUUGCUAUUAAGGGUGCUGACGGAAAUCUCGAAGGGUUUAAUGUUCUAGCAGGCGGCGGCAUGGGAGCAACCCAUAACAACAAGAAGACGUAUCCACAAACUGGCCGUAUGAUGGGUUUCUGCACCGCAGAAGAAGUUCACAUUGCAUGUGAGAAGAUCAUGCUUGUCCAGAGGGAUCAUGGUGAUCGUAAGAACCGGAAGCACGCGCGACUCAAGUAUACUAUUGAUGACAUGGGAGUUGAUGUUUUCCGUGGCAAGGUUGAGGAACUUUGGGGCAAGAGAUUCGGCAAAGAACGGGCCUUUGAAUUCAAGAGCAACGUUGACACUUUUGGCUGGCAAAGGGAUGAGACGGGCCUUAAUCACUUCACAUUUUUCAUCGAGAACGGUCGAAUUGAAGACACACCUGAUUUUCAGAUGAAGUCGGGCUUGCGGGAAAUUGCAAAGGUACACAAGGGGGAGUUCCGUCUAACAGGAAAUCAACAUCUUAUUCUCAGUAACGUCAGAGACGAGGACGUUUCCACCAUGAAAUCACUCAUGAAGAAGUUCAAACUGGACAACGUUCAAUUUUCCGGUCUCCGCCUCAGCUCGUCUGCUUGCGUCGCCUUCCCGACAUGUGGACUGGCCAUGGCAGAGUCGGAGAGAUAUCUGCCAGUUCUCAUUUCCAAAUUGGAGUCAUGCUUGGAGGAAUGUGGCUUACGACAAGAUUCUAUCGUCAUGCGAAUGACUGGAUGUCCAAAUGGCUGCGCCAGACCAUGGCUGGCAGAAGUAGCAUUCGUCGGUAAGGCAUAUGGUGCCUAUAACAUGUAUCUUGGCGGUGGAUACCAUGGACAGCGCCUAAACAAGCUCUAUCGCUCCAGCAUCAAGGAAGAAGAGAUCUUGACCAUCAUGAAGCAACUCUUGAAGCGAUAUGCAGUGGAACGUGAGAACGAUGAGAGGUUUGGGGACUUUUGUAUUCGUGCCGGCAUCAUCAAAGCUACGACAGAUGGGCAAAAUUUCCACGAUGAUGUUGAUGAAGAGGAAUCAGAUGACGAUUAA